AACUUGUAUUUUGGCUGCAAGAUGGGAGACCAGGACAAGAGCUGGGCACCACAUAUAUGCUGCAAUUCUUGUGGGACGGCACUGGAGCAAUGGUUGAAUGGAAAAAAGGCAUCUAUGCCUUUCGCUGUGCCAAUGAUUUGGAGAGAGCCAACAGAUCAUGUUAGUAAUUGUUACUUUUGUAUGGUGCCUCCAAUUGUAAAAGGGCUAAUGAUGAGUUUCUUUCUCUGUUGCGUGGAAAGGAAAAGGCUGCCUGGACAGCAUUUGUAUCAGUGACAUAAAAUUUUCUUGGAAACAAUAAAACACCAGACUACAAGAAAGUGGUAGAAAAACUCAUCCAGACUUACAGAAAUCUGGGUUGCAACAUGUCUCUAAAAAUUCAUUUUCUACAUUCGCAUCUGGAUUUUUUCCCACCAAACUGUGGAGCAGUGAGUGAUGAACACGGAGAGCGCUUCCAUCAAGACAUUGCAGCUAUGGAAAGAAGAUAUCAAGGUAAAUGGAGCCCAUCAAUGCUUGCUGACUAUUGCUGGACAGUUGUAAGAGAUAGCCCUUUCCUCGAA